AUGAGCCUGAUCGAAAAUGAAGGAGUUCAUGGAUAUCACUUGGAAACAGCGUAUAAGUAUCUAUCGUCUAUUCCUCCAACCUGCGUGGAAACUGAGCGAGCAUUUUCAACUGCUGCUUAUGUCGGCCCUAUUGACGAGUUUGUUGAUGCAAUGCACAGACUGUCUAGUUACAUGAAACAACAAAACAGUAGAGAAACCCAAGUAAGAGGCAUGCGCGAACUUGAAGCGAUAAAUGGUGAAAAAGGCAAUAGUAUAAAAACAGUCUUAGAAGUGAGUACAGUAAUUAUGAGGAAAAAGAGAAAAUUCUUCUGUACCGGCGAAGUCAAGGAACCUAUCGUCAAUAACAAAAUUAUCUGCAAGGAUAGAAUUUUAUUACCAAUAGCCGGUGGAUCGUGUAGAGAUGCUAUAAUGUACUGGCAUCCAGAUUUAACAGAAGAACAUUACUGUGUAGGCGCAUUAGAAUCAAAAAGUCCAGUUCAUAUAAUGGAUAUCGGAGGUGAAAUGUUUUGUAAAGGAGAUGACUAUUCCAAGAGAGAAUAUCUGCUUGCUUGUGAUUUCUACGAAGAUCAAGAAGCACCCGUUGCAGACUUGCUCCAGUAUUAUCCAGACCCUGAUCCAGAAAUAAGCCCUAAAUUAUAUUAA